AGAGAGAGAGAGAGAGAGAGAGAGAGAGAGAGGCUGAAUUUUGUUGUUUUCCUGCUUGUUUUUCCUUCACUCCGUUGCCGAGGUUGUUUGUUCGCACGUGAAGAGCAGACGAAAGAUUUUGGGGGCUGGUCAUGGUGUCCGGUGGGAAGGUGUGGGACCCCCUCUGUGCGGGCCUCCUUCAGUCACAUCUGAGCGAGCAGCACCAGACGACCAGGCUCCUGCCCUUCUGCAACCUCACGACCAUCGCAACUGAGGACACCACAUACCACCUGAGUCAGCGCUCGCCACCUCUGUCUUCCCUGCCACCGGUGGUGGCAGCUCACGACACCCUUCACCCAGUGCAGCCCCCCUCUUCCGGCUUACUACUUUCAUCCCACCUGCCCGAGGAUUCCCACCUCAGCUGCUGUGGCUGCAGCGGGGCCCAAGGACUUCACAAACCAAACCGUUGUUUUGGAGUAGCUGGUCAGCCUGAAGCAGAGCAGGAGGUGGUAGCGGAGACAGAGCAGCUGGAGAUGAAGGGUAAAAGCAGGCAGGGAGGCCGGGGAGAGGCCAUGAUGGAGGACCGGCUGGAAGAUAUUGCCGACGGGCCUAAGAAUGCUAAAAUUACACUCAGUUUCCCUCUCAGCGCUGGCCCCCUGCCCGCCUCCCUGACAUCUCCCAGCCAACGUCACAGCUCCUCCUCAUCUUCCCCCUCGCCCCACCGACGACGGCCCUCCUCAUCUGGCUCCAGAGGCUCAGAUGAGGGCUCCCUGUGGAAACUGGACGCUACCAUGGAUGUAAAACACAGACCAUUCAAGCCCCCCAGGCAUGAGCACUCACCUCCCUCCUCCUCUCCCUCCUCCUCCUCCUCUCCGAUGACUGUUAGUGCGCUUAUCAGGAAGGAUAUCAAAAGCCCCCCUCCUCUGAAGUGCGCCAAGGUCAACCCAGACACUCCGUUUAACAGGUUUGCCCCCAGGUCUUCCAGUGGGUCUGUUGGGGGCUGUUACACAGGAGAUGGGUGGGAGGAGAGACCGAGGGCGGCAAAUGGUACGGCUUCCCCAUCUCAGACAGCUCAGAUACUCUUUAACCUGGGCACAUCAGCCUAUCAGGGCCAGCGAGGGGCAGACCCAGACAGGAAGGAGAGAUUAACAGGAAGACCAGGUGUGAAGCUGGGAAGCCCUCACAGACCAAAUCUUCACCCACCCACCCUUCACCUCCCUCCCCCACUACCACCUCCUCCUCCUCCCCCUUCUGAGGCUCUCACGGCCCCGCCCCACCCCUCCAUCCUCUCCCCUGCUGACGGCCUGAAGCCGGAGCUGAUCUGCGGGGUGUGCCACCGCCUCUUCAGCUCCGCCUCCUCGCUGACAGUGCACAUGAGACUGCAUCGCGGCAGCCGAGCCCUCAGCUGCCGCUACUGUGGUAAGACCUUCAUUCACAGUAAGAGACUGCAGUCCCAUGAGGCCUGCUGCAGGGCCCCCAGUAUGCCCUCCACCAGCUUGGGCCCUCCCUCACUCUCUGUCCAGCCCAAGGAAGAGCCGCUAGAGGAGGGUGAGGUGAGAGUGGAGGGGGGGGUGAUUGUGGGAACAGAGGGAGCUAUAGACAGCAGCAAGGCACGGCCAGGAAAGAAAGCGCGGAGCCUCCUGGCACGUAUCCAAGGCAAUGAUGCAGCAGCCACUGAGCUGCUAGGAGGUGAUGAGAACCAUUUUGUGAAGGUGGUAGACGGCAAUAUCAUUUACUUCUGCUCGGUGUGCGAGCGGUCUUAUAUGACCUUGUCCAGCCUCAAGCGUCACUCCAACGUACACUCCUGGCGUCGCAAGUACCCCUGUCAUUUUUGCGAUAAAGUCUUUGCCCUGGCUGAGUACCGCACCAAGCAUGAGGUGUGGCACACAGGGGAGCGGCGCUACCAGUGCAUCUUCUGCUGGGAUGCCUUUGCCACCUACUACAACCUGAAAACACACCAGAAAACCAUCCAUGGCAUUAACCCCAGCCUCAUCUCCAGUGAAAAGACUGCAAAUGGGGGCUACAAACAGAAAGUGAAUGCCCUCAAGCUCUACCGCCUUCUCCCCAUGCGCUCCCAGAAGAGACCUUACAAGACAUAUAGUGACGGUGUGCCUAAUGGCCUACUUUUGCCCCCAACUGAGCCGCCCCAUCUCCCCCUGCCUCUGGGCCUGGAUUGUACCCUCAGUGCCGGAGAUCUAAAGAGUCUCAUCAGUGGGGCUCACCCCAAAAGUGUGAAGCCUGACCCAGAUGCUUUCUCUGAUGGCUUCUCUGUUUCUAUGGAUAUAGAGCACAAAGACCACCCUACACUUACGCCCCUCCCCCAAAGAGACAUGCACCAAGUGGGAAAAUAUGAUAGGGAGGCCCCAGAUGUAGAGCAGGGGAGAGGUAGUGGCAGCUUCAAAUUGUCUGGAAACAGCAAAAAUAAAACUCCUAAGAUUGGUAGAGGCACAGAAACAAGCGUAUCGUCUGUAAUAACAUACGGCCACGCAAAACCCUCUGUCAUAGUCCAUGGAACAGCAGUGUCAUCAUCCGUCAUCGUCCACAGCAACCAGGUCACAUCUGAGAAUGGCAAAAGUAGACUGAGCAGCCCCUCCCCUGAAACUAACGACAGUCAGAUGUCCCACAGGGCCUGUCCCAGGUCAAUUAGAAAGCAAAGUAUCAACACAGAGAGCCAUAGAAAGAGGUCUAGAGACAGCUCAGACAACACAGAGGAGGGUUCAAAAGGUAGACAUGAGACAGAGACAGGCAGAUCCUUCAGCAAGUCACACAAGUCCCACAGCAAAGGUGACAUCUCCUCUGGCAAGCAGUUGUCAGCCUUUGUAGGGUCACAGGUCAAAGGGGCAGGGCCACUGUGCCAGAUCACUGUGCGCAUUGGUGAGGAGGCCAUCGUCAAGCGCAGUAUCUCCGAGACCGACCUCAGGAGAGACAAGAGCCAUUCUCCUCCCAAAAUCAAACGGAGUGAAGUGGCAUCUUUACGGGAAGCCAAGGAGCCGAGGCACACCCACCAUCACCACAAACGCCGUGCUAACCGGAGCGCUAGCUUAGGAGCCGAGGAGGAGAGAAAGGGGGAAGGGGGAAGGGGUGGUGGUCGAGAGGGGGAGGUAAGGAGAAAGAUUUCCAAAUCUCCCAGUGAAGUAAGGGAGUACUACUUCCGCCAGGAGGUGCGCGAGCGAGGGGAGAGUGACCAUGAUGCAGAGGACAAUUUAUGGCGGCCAUACUACUCCUAUAAACCUAAAAGGAAGGCCCAAGCACAUCUCCAGAGGGCAAAGAAAUGGCAGAGAAAGCUGCAGUACAAACGCUCCCUACGGUUAAAGAGGAGGGCAGAAAGGCUUACAAACCCUGAGACCAAAGAGACAGAGAAAGCACCAGAUAAGGAAGAAGAUGAAAAGAUGAGUGAGGCAGAUGGUGAAGAGGUGGAACGUAUUAAAGAGGAGGUAGUGGAGGCUGAAAAAAUGUCAAAAGGCAGCACAGAGAAAGAUGGGGAAAUAAAAGAAUAUUCCUCAUUUCCCUUAAAACACAAAAACAAACAAGUGAAGAGACAGAUUGAGGGGGCCUGUCCAGACGUCUCUCCCCCUCCUAUGUGCUCUCCAGAGCCUCCACUCUCUACCUCAGUCACUCCUAUGGGCAUAAAGCGGCGGCCCUGGACCAAUGGUAACGCAGCAGAGUGCGGUACCUGUGGCCGCUGGUUCUCCAGCCCCAGAAAACGAGACAAACAUGAACUUAGCCACCUGCUGGAGUUUGUUUGCCUCUUUUGCCAUGCAACGUUCCCCUCAAGGGAAAAGCUGGAAGAUCACCAGAGAGCCCAGCAUCCAAAGCCUACAGAGGCCUUCCCCUCAUCACUUAAAGUUGGACUUAGUGAAAGAGGGGAAGGGGGCGGAGUCAGAACAUCAGUAGAGGAGGCAAGGCCGGAGGAGGUAAGAGAGGGAGGGGCAGGCUCACUUUUAAGGAAUAAUUCCAGUCCAUGUCGCCUAAGCAGGAGAGCAUUAGCUAGACACACCUGUCCACAGUGUCAUAAAGUUUGUAAGACGUCCUCGGCGCUAAACCGCCAUGUCCGACGCCACGAGUUGAGCAGCUCCCCAGAGAGAGAGAAAGAGGAAGCACAAUCAGGGCCAAAAGCAGCGGAGGCGAUGGUUAGCACUGUUAGCAAAGAGCUAGAGACUGACAAAGAACAGGCUCCAACUGCUCAGUCUGUUUCAGUCAUCAGUUUUUCCACCCCAGACCUACCCAGUGGUUGUGAGUAUUUGGAAUCUCAGCCACAUCAAAACCACCAGGACAAAGUAAGAGAUGAGCAGCAGUUGUCAGAAUCCUGUGACAAACCUGAACUGAGUGAGGUCAAAUCUCACACUCCUGCAAGAGAACCGAGCCCGCAGAUUAUAAAGCCUCCAUUAGAAAGCCCGGUUAACCUCAAACCCACCAAACCUGAAUUCACGCCUCCCAUGCCCUCCACUCCCUCCACAGUCCAGAGCGUUCUGGUCAUGAAUGGAUCUGAAUGUCUGGACUACCGCACUCCAAGGAAGAAGAAUGGAGAAGGUCAGAUCCACAGAGUACCCAGCCCAGUGCGUGUCAGGGCAACCGCCAACCCAUCUCCAAAUACACCUGUGAUAUCACAGGCCAGACUUACCACUGUUGCUCCUCCUGUUUCCGUUAUGACACCUCCCACCCAGGAGGUGGGAUUCAUGAAACGGGAAGGGGUCAUUAUGGACAGAGAGAGGCAGGGAGGGAAUGGUGUGUUUCUCCAAGCUGGCUAUGAGGGGCCCCCUUUGACUGAGGAUCUCAGAGUCCCGUCACUGUCCAGAAGCUCCUCUCCCGCUGAAGCACAAGACCUGACCAUGUCCUCGAUACUAGCCCGAGAGAGGGAGCUGGAGAUGCAGAGAGAGAAAGAAAGGGAGAGAGAGAGAGAACUAGAAAGAGGAAGAGAAAGGGAGAGAGAAAGGGCCCAGCAAAUGAGUCGGGUGGCCCGACCGCCACAGGACAGGGUAGCUCUCUUGGUCCCUAAAGAGGAGCCACUGAGCCCUGCACCGUCCCCCCAGCACAUCCCCAAUAAAACCACUAUCAAUGGACUCCCCUCACCCAGGAAUACUCCCAAGUCACCUUGCCCACCCCCCACAGCUGUAGACCUCUUAGCUCAAGUCAGUCGCCAAGCCCAGCACCCCUCGCAAGGCCUCGACAAGCUCACACUGCCCAUGGGAGCAGCUGCUGCAGGUGAUCGCCCUUCAGCCCAAGCCCUGCUUCUCCCCCGAGCACCACCACUGCCUGAUCCUGAGUGCCAGGACACCACUUCUUCCACGGACUCCCAACGGGGGGCGGCCGCCCCAGUGGGUUACCCCGUCCAAGAUUUCCCCCUGCCCCUUAUUGUGCCAGGCGGCUACCGCUCAGCGAAGAAGCAAGAGGAGAACCUGCUCAUGUCUUCCUAUCCUGCAGGGGCUCUCCCCUUCGGACCCCUCGGGAAGGUGAUAGUCCCGAAUGGUGGCGAUCUGGCCAAGCUGCCCUUCUACCCCGACCACUACCAGCUGCUCUACGGACCACAACUGCUAGCUUACCCCUAUAACCUGGCCGCUCUGCCUGUGGCUCUGAACAUGAUGGCGCCUGGAGGGGACAAAGUGGAGCCACUGCCCUUCCUUCCCGCUAUUUUCAACUACGCAGCAGCAGCUGGGCCCUACAUGGGUGCGGCACCUCACCCCCUUGUGGCCAAUCCCAGUCUCUAUAGCAGCGGCAGCGGCAGCAGCAAGAAACAGAGGGACGGCAGCGCCAACAAACCCUAGGACAUUAAACGCUUACUGAGGAAUAUAUUUCUGUGGGGACAUCCUGGCCUGUUGUGUGUGAAUCAGCAGGGUGGGGAGGCGUUUGUUCACGACACAUUUACCGAGCAUAUUCGCACAGUACCCCUGUCUUUCUUUUGCUCAGUAGAGGUCGGAGUUAGCCAUGAAAUAAGGAAUAGGGGUGAGGGGAAGAGAGCGGCAUAAAGAAAAGAGGAGGAGAGGCCGACUAGAGCACAGCAACGUAUCGUCUCCUCUCCUCUCUUUGCCCCUCUUCCUCUCCCUCCAUCUUUCUCCUCUCGGUGUGGUGUGCCGUAGUCUUAGAACUUGAAUAAUCUUCCUCUCCGACUCAUUAUGAUAUUAUAUAUAAUAUAAGAAUAAGAACUGCUAACAGGGUGUGCGUCAUGUGAAAAAUUAGUUCAGUCUGCUUCCCUUUAUAGUGACCGCAUAAUGAGGAUAAAUGCUCUUCUGGGAAGGCUUGUGUAGGCAAGGAUAAGGGAUGAGACACAGGAGUCCUUACUCGACACAGUUGGAGGUAGAGCAUUUAACACGAAUCUUGUGUGUGUGUUUGUGUGUGUGUGUGUGUGCGUUUGUGUUUGUGUGGACGUGUGUGAUAGGAAUACUGGCGUACUCUGUCGUCCGCGGACGGUCAACGUGAGCACAUAACGUGCACAACAUGGAGGAAUUUGUGCAUGCAUCAGUGGGCUUAUGCAAGUGUUUGUGUGUGUGUGUGUGUGUGUGUGUGUGCGUGCGUGCAUCUCUAGGUAGAUGUGUGUCUGCACGUGUGUGCAUUUGCGUGUGACGGAGUACAUGCAUCGAUGGCCAGGGUGAGCCACCUAAGCGCUGAUCAUUCCACGUGGUUUGGGGGUUGCAAUGCGCGCAGCAUUCCUACGUUAGAUGGACUAACGUCAGUAGGUCAGUGCGUAGAGUCAGUGCAUUUUAUCGUUGAUCCUCCAUAUCCGAAUCAUAUAUAGGUAUGAAUGCUAGCUAACCGUAUGGGCUGGAUGUGACUCUAUGUCGAUUACGGAUCCUCCGAGCUUCUAAUGUCCCAACUAACCUGUGAUCUUGCAGCUGGAUGGCACUCUGUAGGAUCUGCAUAGCGUUCACCUUAGUUUUUACCUUAAAUGCACAAUAGAAACAUAGAGGUCACUCAAAGGGGAUAAUGUUGACACUUGUAGCUGCUUUUGACAUGUAGCUGGCCACUGGGCAAAAAAAGAAGAAAAAAAAAAGAAGAAAAAAAUCAUAGGCUAGUAGACCGUUGCACUUCCAGAUUUCAUCUCAUUUCAUGCACAUAAAAUAAAAAAAGAAAAGAAUAAAAAUCUGUUAAACUUCAUCUUCAGUGGCCUUUUCCUCUUCCAAAGGCACACUCCCAUUUCGUAGGCCAGGAAGAAGAAAGCGAAAGCAUGAAAGCAAAAAAAAAAAAAAAAAAAAAGGAUUCAGGGUAAAGUUAUUUCUGGGUAGAGAAGGAGAGAUAGACGGGCACAGAAAGGCACAUUUCCGAGUCAGAACCCCCUGCAGAAAAGACUUUGUGGACAAAAACUCUCUGUCCUCCUCUUCUACCGAGGAAGCGUCGGAAAGAGUGUGAACUAUUUCCUUCUCCUCUGCCCUGGGUAGAAAAAAGGGAGGGACAGAGUCGCUUGCUAAGAGCAAGGAAAAGGUUGAACGAAUCAACGUAAGCGGUGAUUGAAUCUCCCAGAUGCCCUGUGGGCCCCCCUUUUUCUUUUUUUUCUCGUUACGUGUAACGUGUAACGUGUGUCGUUUUCUUUUCUUUUCUUUUUUUUUUUCCUGUCUUUUUUGUCAUUUGUCUAUUUUGUUACUCUGCAACGUUGUUCGGUUAUGUUGUUUAGCCCCCUUUUUACCAGUUGGAAGUGGCU